AUGUGGUUCUCUGACAUAAUGUGGUGUCAAGUAUUCGUUACGCUGACUAUUGAAAAAGGAAUUAAGAACAUACCAGUUGAAAAUGAUGUAAAGAUGGAUAAAGAUGGUCUUACAGAUCUCUAUAUUCAACAUGCCAUACCAUUGCCUCAGCGGAACUUGCCAAAAAGUAGAUGGGGGAAAGUGAUGGAAAAGAAAAGAGAACAAAAUGAAUGGAAAAGUGAGAGAGAGAGUGUCACAACUGUAGAAGGAUCAAGGAAGAGACCACUUAUUGUAUUUGAUGGCAGUUCAACAAGUACAAGUAUAAAGGUGAAGAAGACAGAAAAUGGAGCCACUGAUCGCCUAAAACCUCCCCCAACAGCAAGCACCACCAAUACUGUUAGGAGACUAUCAGUUCCUUCAAAUGCCUCAACGUACAUUUCACCCUCCAGUUUAUCACAGGACGCUAAACUAGAAACCAGGAAUAAUGAGGCAGAACAGAACAGUGUGCCAGUGACUAAUAGCAAUGUAUUGGCUAGUCUAAAGGUAUCGCCUAUGACCCCAGUAGCAGGAGCUACAAUUGUGAAAUUAAAAAGAACAGCUCCAAAGGAAGAAUCUGAAUCAAUGAAUGACCUAAAACCUACGGAAGCAAAGAAAAAAAUCCAGCAUGUAACAUGGCCAUGAAUUAGUGGAAAUACAUUUGUAUCAUGCCUAUAUUUCAGAACAGAUAAGUAAUAUUUGAACAGUUUAAGUACGCUUUUCUUUAUACAGGUAUUCAGAUUGCUGUGAAAUUUUACAGGUUUACAAGCUCCCUGAUAUAAAGCCGGAAUCAUAUUCUCACCAGUCACCUUAAGAGUGUUUAUUGUCUUGCACAGAGAAUGGUUCAUUUUCCCCUUUAAAAGGUGGUAGUGUUACAAGAUAUUAAAAAAUCAGCUUCUGACUUCUCAAGCAUACAAUAGUUCAUCUCCUGCAUGUCCCUACAGAACACCUUUUAUGGGCUUAUAAAUGUUACUAUUUUAUGCUACCCAGCAGAAUCUGUCUUGUAGGUUACAUCCUGGCUAAGUACCUAAUAUAGUUGUUGGGAUUCCAGGUGGUUUGAGACUGUGCAUCCGAACUGCUUAGCUUUGGAAAAGUAGCUACAUAAAUGAUAGACUGUAAAACCAUCCCAUUGACAGGUUUUAAUCUGUAGAAAUGCAUUGCUUUUGUUAUACAAAACAAAACCAUAGAAUUUUAUAUCACUUAAAAAGUAAGCUGGUAAUAAGAGAUGAACUGUGUGACAUCCUCACUUCAAAUUGAAGUUUCUCUUAUUGACGUUUGAGAUAAAAAGGCACAGAAUGAAGCACAUUAUGAGAAUCUGUUGGUAUGAAUCUUUGAACAAAAUUAAUGAAUGGAUUAGUGCCAUGCUUUUAUCCACACCCACAGUAUAUAUAAAUGUAUGUAUAAAAUGUGUGUGUGUGUGUGUGUGUGUGUGUAUGUCUGGCAACUUUUUCUUGUUUUCCUAAUUACAGUACUGUCUGUAAAACAUAAGGGAAUCCUGUGGAAUACAAGCCCACACUUCCUUCACUUAUUGAUCCAUUUGAAAGGAGGUAAAAAAUACGACAUUGAGAGAAUAUGAUAUAUGGUCUAAAGCGGGGGUUAGCAACCUACAGCCUAUGGGGCCAUUUGAUCUGGCUUGUGAAUGUGGGGUUUUGGCAGUGGGGAGGGCUUUCUCCCCAGGCCUCUGUGGGGAGAAGUGACCACAGGAGCUCUGCUUGUGCUGCUGUGGAGUGAAGUGGCAUCUGGUUCCUAGUACCCACCCAACUGCCAGCUUCAGACCCAUGCUGGGGCAUUCCAGCCUGCAACCUGAAAAGGUCGCUAACCACUACUCUAAACAAUGUUUUGCCUCUUCCCUUCUUUUGACAUUAUAAAAUAAAAUUACUGGAUUUCUUAAUCCAAGUGGAUUUAUCUGGAUUGUUGUUCAUGUGACAUAAGACUUUGGAUCCAAUCCUACGUCAUAAAGCUCCUGUUAAGUUCGGUGGUAUAUGAUGAAGCCUGUUAAACCCACUUUGUGCGUAAGUGGUAGGUAGUAAUGUGUCAGUACUCAAAAAGUAAUAUUAUGAAAGCUAUGUCUGACCCAUAUUAAAGUUUCACUGUUAAAUUCAAACUUGAUGCAAUCCUCUUGGUGACUUAAUUGACUCAUUGGAGAUGCUGUCAUUGUUUAUUUGAAAGCUUAUUAACCUUUUAAAAUUUAUUUGUAUUGAAAAUGUCAGCGAUAGUCCACAUUAGAUAUGAAUGACAGGAGUUCCCCAUUCACUGUUGUGGAAUCAAAGGCACUUCUGAAUGCUGUAAAGUGGUAAGAAUGGGUGUUUAUAAUACUGUGUGCUGUUCCCUUUUACUAAACAUUUGUGCAGGUUUUGUACUUAAGUACAGCAAUGUUUAAUGUAAUGUAAAUUUUAUAUGUAAAGAGUUCUUUUUAAGUAGCCUUAUCCUAUUUAAAUAAAUUGAAUUAAAAGUAAUAUUAA